AUGCCUUCCAAAUUUUACCAGAUUUUAGGUAGUCACAGGCCUACACAUGUGGUUACCGAAUCAACCUCGAAUGCGGCUUCAUUACUGCUCCCCGCGUCCAGAAGAGAAAGUGAAACGUACUUCAGCUAUCAUGCUACUCCGACUAGCGGGAAGCAGUCAUCUAGAUAUGACCCUGAAAAUCCUCAUAAGGAUAAAUUGGGUACUUAUGAUGGUGUUUUUGUCCCAACGGCACUGAAUGUGCUUUCUAUUUUGAUGUUUCUCCGGUUUGGAUUUAUUCUGGGACAGCUGGGUAUCAUUUGCACAAUCGGGUUACUCUUGCUCAGUUACCUGAUCAACCUUUUGACGACAUUAAGUAUAUCAGCAAUAUCGACAAACGGGACCGUACGAGGGGGUGGUGCGUAUUACAUGAUUUCGCGGUGUUUGGGCCCUGAAUUCGGCGGGUCCAUCGGCCUUGUAUUCUUUUUAGGACAAGUGUUCAAUAGCGGGAUGAACGCUAUUGGGAUUAUCGAACCAAUACUAUACAACCUAGGGAAAGCGGACUCCGAAGGGGUAUUGUUUUCGGUGCUACCGGACGGUAAUGAAUUGCGAUUCAUAUAUGCUACGAUUGUUCUGCUUUUUUGUUUUGGUAUUGCCCUGGUAGGUUCGCAGACAGUCUCUAAAGCUGGUAACAUUAUGUUCUUUGUGUUGGUUUCCUCAAUCGUUUCAAUCCCCAUUUCGACUUUUUUCAAACAUGCCUUUGAUGAUGGUCGUAUUGCAUAUACAGGUCCUCGUUGGGAAACGUUUAUGGGUAAUCUAUAUCCACACUUCACCAAAGGUGCGGCUGGAUCACUGCUAAAAAAGAAGGAAACUUUCAGCAACCUUUUUGGUGUUUUCUUCCCUGCAACCGCUGGUAUAUUUGCAGGUGCUGGGAUGUCUAGUGAACUGCGCAAACCUUCCAAGUCCAUACCGAAGGGAACUCUUUGGGGGCUGUUGUUCACUUUUCUAUGUUAUUCCGUGGUGGUUCUUUUUAUGAGUGCUUCUAUUCCCAGAGAGACUUUGUAUAGAGAGGUACAGGUGAUCCAAUCUGUUAGUGCUGUUCAGUGGUUAAUUUUCCUAGGAGAAUUAUCUACCUCUUUAUUUUCCAUCAUUGUCGGUAUGGUUGGAGCUGCAUACGUACUAGAAGCCAUAGCAAAGGAUUCAAUAAUUUUCGGUCUAUCACUGUUUUGCCGUAAACCGGUUUACUCCUUGGUAUUUACAUGGGUGCUAACACAGCUUUGUUUGUUUUCGGAUGUUAACAAAAUUGCCUCCUUUAUUACAAUGACGUUUUUGAUGACAUUUAUUGUCAUGAACUUGGCGUGUUUUUUCCUGGAAAUUGCAGCAGCACCAAACUUUAGACCAAGUUUCAAGUAUUUCGAUAGAUAUACUGCUUUUUCUGGUGCUGUACUUUCCGUAUUAGCCAUGAUUAUUGUGGAUGGUGUCAUUGCCUCUGCUCUUAUAUCAGCAAUGAUGAUCUUAUUUCUCAUAAUACAUUACUGCUGUCCACCCAAACCUUGGGGGGAUGUUUCUCAAAGCUUAAUAUACCAUCAAGUUCGAAAAUAUUUGCUGCGGUUGAAACAAGAUAAUAUCAAGUAUUGGAGACCACAAAUCUUAUUAUUAGUUGACAAUCCAAGAACAAGCUGGAACUUGAUUCGGUUUUGUAACCACUUGAAGAAGGGAGGUCUUUACAUUUUGGGUCAUGUUACAGUUACAUCGAAUUUUCAGAAGCAAUACGAAGAAUUGAAAAAGCAGAAAAGUGCAUGGUGUGAAAUCAGGGAUAUAGCAAAAAUCAAGGCCUUCAUCCAGGUUGGUACAGGUCCAACCUUACCUUGGGGCGUAAGAAACGUUUUCUUAGGAUCAGGGUUGGGAGGUAUGAAACCGAACAUUACGGUUGUCGGUUUUUUUGAUUUAUAUUCCAGACAUAAAGCACGCACUGCUUUAGAUUCAAAAGGCUUAACAUCGCGCCACGCUACAGACUCAAAUCAACUUGUUGUUGAUAUCCCUGAUUAUAAAGACCCCUUGCCUACCGAUGCAUGUAAGAAUGAGGAAAAGGUUAAAGUGACACAGUGGGUUCAGAUAAUUGAGGAUCUUUCUCUAAUGCAAUCCAAUAUUGCAAUUGCUCAUGGCUUUGCAGAUAUAGAGUUACCGACAGGUAAUGAAAACGAAACGAAGAAGAAAAAGGUUAUAGAUCUAUAUCCUAUCCAAAUGAGUGCUACUGUUGACGGUACUCGCGAGUGGCCAGCCAUGAUUUCUUCUAAUUUUGAUACAUACACCCUGAUUUUACAGCUCGGCGCAAUAUUAAUUACGGUUCCUGAAUGGAAAAGAACGCAUUUAGUCAGAGUGGUUCUUUUCGUUGAAAAAGAUGCUGACAGGUCUGCCGAAAUCCAAAGAAUGACAAAGUUAUUACAAGUUUUAAGAAUCGAAGCUGAGGUGUUGGUUGUGUCCCUGGACCAAUUCAGGUUUUACAAUACCAUUGUGAAUGGUGACAGCAUAUCACUCGACUACGUCAAUAUGAAACUGAAGGAUUCUCAAUGGUGGAAGGAUCUCGUUGAAGCAAGACAGACACUUUUCCCAAAACGUCGAUUCUCUACAACAAAGCCUAUAGAAACCAAUGCUCCAUAUGAUAAGUCCCAUUUGCACAGAUACGAUACAUCUAAAUUACAAAAACUUGGUGUAUCCUUCAAGAUGAGCUCAAAUAUGCCACAACAGCCACCAACUGUCUCUUCUACUAGUGAUUCAGACGAGUCAGGCGAAAUAGAUAGCGGGAAGCCAUCGAUUUCUUGUUCUCAACUCUCCAUCAAUCAGAUAUCAAAAAAGUUGAACAAGAUGCAUAAAACUAACAAUAGAUGCGACACUCUAAGGGAAAUUAAAUCGACACACAGUCUGAAGCCUGUUUUUUCAAGUAACACUAUUCCAAAGACCAGGAUAUUAGAAGAUGGGACUGGUGAUAAACCUACACUAGUUCCUAUUGCAGAUGAAGAUUUGGCAUCGGAGUCCACACGGAAUGAGGUGUUACCGGAUCUGUCUCCUUGUGACUCGGAGGAAAGUUUGGUUACAGCCAUGAAAAAUGUCAAGUUCGACGACUUGCCUGGUAUAGCGCAGCAUCUGAUUUUGAACGAUGUAAUGAAACAAGUUUCCAGGGAAUCGGGACUUAUCUUUUCUACUUUACCAAUACCACCCCUAGGAACACAUAAGGACUACGAUGACAGCUUGCAAUAUGUGAAGGAUUUGGAUAUUUGGUUGGACGGCUUACCGCCUACUAUGUUAAUUAACUCACAAACUAUGACAGUAACUACAGCACUCUAA